AUGACUCCCAUGGACGACAUGGAUGACGCAUGCUUGCCGAGCUCAUUGGCGAAACUCUUAUGGAUGAACCUGGACAGGCGGACCGAUCGCGCCGAGGCCCAGCAACGGUCGCUAGAGGCUGCUGGCAUCGAGGAUUUCGCUGAGCGCGUCCCCGCCGUGGAUGGCAGCACGUUGGAUUGGCGCUCCGUUCCCGAGGAUAUCUUGACACGUGCUGGUCGAGUUCAGGCGAUGAACCCGCCGGACUUCGUCCUGGGAAGAGUUCUGACCCCUGGAGCGGUGGGCCUUUGGUUGACAUGGUAUGAGGUCUUGUGCCGCAUCAUCCACGAAGCUGCGGGCCACGAGUGCUACCUGGUUGUCGAAGAUGAUGCGGAGUAUGCGGAGGGCUUCGGGCCGAACAUCUUCAGGCUUCUAGAUGGUCUUGAUCGCUACGAUCCUGACUGGCAUGCUUGUGCCGUCGGCUUCAUCCGGUCGAAGUCGCGGAUGCACAGCCUCGAAUGGGGGCCCCAGAUUCCGAAGGAGGCGCUUGAGCUGGAUGAGAUCCUCGCCAUACCAAGCAAGCUGUGUGGUGCGACGGCCAUACUGGUGCACGGCGCAGAGGGCGCUAAAGAAAUGUUGAAGCAGCUUUUCCCUAUCGGUGCAGACCACCAGUUUGAUCUCAAGAUCACGCUGACCCUCCACGACCCACAGUCGACGCUGCGCUUCUUCAUAGCUGCCUCGCCCCUGGCAUCGGCACCGCUGAGCGAAGCUGGGGAUACAGACAUUCAGAGGAUUCCGCCGGGACGUCGGCAGCAGCUGAAGCAAGAAGCACUUGCCCGGCACAGGCAGGGGGACGAUGUGAAAGCUGUUCAACCGAACGGCUAUCAAGAUCACCCUCCGGCCGUGGUUGCGAAGCCGAGGGCUGCAGCAGAGAAGGCACCUGUCGCCCCGGCAGCGACUGUCGCAGCUUCGCCAGCACCGACACCGGUGCUUAAAGGCCGACCUUGCACAUGCAGCCCAUCUGAGCACUACAGCACCUGCUGCUGCAGGCUUGCAAAGUUUCAACGUCCGCGCUUCCGGAUCUUUCCGCAGACUGCGCUGAAGUCGGAGUCGGAACUCGAGGAUCAGGCCGAUCAGGCCGAGGAGGAGGGUGAGGCGGAAGAGAACGGCCUUAGGCUUCACGCACCGCUUCCACCCGAGCCCCUGCCCCCGCUGAGCCCGGAGGAGGAGGAGCUGAACGCGAUGAGACUCUUGGAUAAGGGAUCCACUUGCAUCGCCAGGGGGUGCCACAUCUCCGCCGUGCCCACGGCGAGCUCGCUGGUGCGCUCCAGCGUCGCAGGCGAUCCCACUGCUGCACAUGCGGAGAUGGAGCUUCAGUGUCAGGAAUGGGCGGACAGCCGACAAGGACUGGUGUUUGUUGUACUCGACACAAGCACAAGCGCUACCACUGCCGAUGCCCUGCUUCCCCCUCCGAAAAUGCGCAUCGUGCUUCUCCCGCCCGCCGGCGGUCUCAUGGUAGUCCCAGCGGAUCCGAUGGCUGUGGCGAACGAGACGGAUUUGGAGGUUGCUCGCGAGGAGGCACAAGCCGGUCGUGAAGCCUAA